UCAUGCAAAGGCCCAGAAAAAAUUUCCAAAGCUGAAGAGAAAUAUACUCAUCAUGGUAAAGCAGCGCUCAUGCUACAGGAAGCCAGCACCAGCUCUUUCAACUCAGGGUGAUAGUUCCUCACUAAAUGCUGCAAGCAACAAGCAACAAGGUACCAAGACGUUCAUGAGAAACCUGGAACCCAAAAAUGUGGAUGUUUAUUUCCAUUCUGAAUAUUCCUGCCACCUUCUGUCACCUGACAAAAGGAGAAAGUCAACAAAAUCAAGUUUCCACAAUACAAGAUGAAUACAGAAGUGAAACAUUUGACCUGAACAGCAGUGUUACUCUGAACUGCUCCAAUAAGACAUGGGCUUUGGUUCUCUUCGUUACCUGGACGAUAGACAUUGACGGAAAGCAGUGUCAAAUGGCGCAUAGUGAUAACGAUCCUAAAUAUGAUACAUGUAACGAUGGAAAGAUCCUGUGUGACAAUACAAACCUGCACAUUCCACACUUUGCAAAAAGAGAUGAAGGACGGUAUCAGUGUGAGACAGUGUUCAAAGAUGGGUACCACAUAGCAGUAAUAACUGUAACUGCCAAAGUCCCUCAACAGAUUUCCACCCGACUGGACCCUGACCACAGAGAAGCUGUGUGUUCAGCCACAGGGGUUAAAUCAGACGUCUCCAUCUCAUGGAGAACUUCAUGGAACGCCACUGUAACCAGCAGCUCUGUACACAACCCAGAUGGCUCCUACACCAUGGAGAUCCGGCUGAAACUGCCCGACCAUGUGUAUGGUACCACGCUGCAGUGCAUAGUGACACACCCCAGCUGGACAGAGAAUUAUACACAGACACUUCAGCUCCCCGACAGGGCUCUUAAACCCUGGAAAUGGAUAAUCAUUUCUAUGGUUUCAUUCUGCUUUCUAAAGGGCAUAGUUGCUGGACUUUGCAUCUUAAGGAAUCAUCUUAGCAAGAUAAGGUAUGAAAAUCUAUCAAGUUGUGUCAUCCAUCCAUCCAUCCAUCCAUCCAUCCAUCCCGCCAUCCCUCUAUUUUCUGUAACCACAUAUCUUAUUCUGGAAUAG